GCAAGAAUCAUUCGGGAAAUAUUUUAGGAAUAUUUCACAGCAGAUAGAAACAUAAUUUGGAAAAUAUUUUUAUUCUGGUAGUAAUAAGUAUUCGAAAAAAUAUUUAUUCAGAAUAAAAAUGUGCUGAAUAUUGAUAAAUGACAAAAAAUGGUGUUGGGUUGGUGUAAAGUGAAAGUGGGUGGUACCUUGUGUACAUGUUCCAAACAUGAGAAGAGGAAGAAGAGAAGAAGAAGAAUAUUAGGUUAUGUCAUAUAUUUCGUUGUUUUGUUUCGCUCGCUUUUCCUUUGUUCUUUUCUUUGUUUGACUUCGUGACUUCGACUCGUUUGGACGUUGUUAGACGUUGGCUUUGUUCUGAUUUUCCAGCCAGUUUACAGUAAACUUACUCCAAAUUUUCUUGGAUCAAGGUAUUAGGUGAGUAGAAAAUUAUCUUGAAUGAGUUCACAUCAUAUUAAUUUUUCCAUAUUUCAAUUUUUAGUUUGUUUUUGCACAUAUUCGAAGGUACAUAAAUAUCACCUGCCGUGAAAGAUAAGUAUUAUUUAUAUAAAUAUCUAUAUACUUAAUAUAUUCCUCAUUCUCAAAUUCCCUAAUUCGAUAUGUCUUUCCCGAGCCAUAAAAAGUUCAAAACGUCGACCUGGUAUAGAUGUAUAAACAGUGAAGUUGAUGAUGUGCUAAAUUCUAUAAAUUUUUCAAAUACUCCAGUUUGCGCAACGAGUUCUGUGGCAACAACUCAUAUACAUGAAUUAGAACCACUCGAGGAACCACUAGAACUCGAUAUUUGUGACUUACAAAAUCUUGAAUUUGAAUCCAAUAAUACCCUUACAAUGAUUCAAGAAGCAUCUUCACUUCCUGAUACAACAUUUCCGAAUCCAGAUAAUCCAAGUACCCUUGAACAUCUAAGAUACUGGGCUGUAAAAAAUAAAAUUCCACAUGUUGCUCUGGCAGAAUUGUUGAUAAUUCUUCAACAAUCUGGUUCUUCACAAUUUGAAAGCCUUCCAAAAGAUCCUAGAACUUUUUUAAGAACAUCACGUAUAACUGAAAAGCGAUUGGUUCAUCCAGGGUAUUAUUGUCAUAUUGGUUUGAGAAAUUCAAUUGAGAAACAAUAUGAGCGUUUGAAUUUGCUACCUUCAGGCAAAAUAAAAGUGGGAAUUAAUAUUGAUGGUUUACCAUUAGCAAAAAGUACAUCAAGUCAAGUGUAUCCUAUUUUGUGCAUUAAUGAAAGCAUCCCAUGUUCAGAUUCUGUAUCUCUAGUUGGUAUUUACCAUGGAUAUGAUAAACCUUCUGAUUUUAAUGAUUUUUUGAGGGAAUUCGUGACAGAGGCAGUAGAUUUAACAAAUAAUGGAAUAACUUUAUUUGGAAAACAAUUUUCAUUUGAAAUAUCUAUGUAUUUGUUUGAUGCUGUUGCUAAAGCUAGUGUCUUAUUUAUUAAAGGCCAUUCAGGUUACAGUUCUUGCACAAAGUGCUUUCAGAAGGGGGAAUUUAUCAAUGAUAGGAUUUGUUUUCCAGAAUUAACAUUUUGUAAAAGAACUCAUGAAAGUUUUAUAGAACAAUCUGACCAACAACACCAUACUGGCCACACCAUUCUUUCUAAAAUUCCCAAUAUUGAUUUAAUCAAUGACAUACCAUUAGAUUAUAUGCAUCUAGUUUUGUUGGGGGUUGUCAAAAAACUAUUGUGUGGUAUUUGGUGUUUUGGAUCUCCACCUCAUAAGUGGUCAUACCAAAACAUGAAAACUGUUUCUGAACAUUUAGAAUCCUUAUCAACAUUCAUGCCAUCAGAAUUUGCCAGAAAGCCCAGGGGAUUGAAAGAAGUAAAAAGGUGGAAGGCUACUGAAUUCCGACAAUUUUUGUUUUAUACAGGGCCAAUUGUUCUGAAAAAUAGUCUACCCAAGACUAAAUACGAACAUUUCAUGAUUCUUUCAGUCUCAAUAAUAUUUUUAAUUUCUGAAAAAUACUGUCAUAACGAUGAAUAUUUAAGUUAUGCAAACUCUUUGUUGACUUAUUUUGUUGACAUAACCAAAUCAAUUUAUGGCUCUCAUUUUUUAACCCACAAUUUCCACAAUUUGUUACACUUAAGUGAUGAUCAUUAUUCCAAAUUUUUUGGGAUUUUCUCUCCUCGUUUCUAUAAAAUAAAAAUAUGA